AUGAAAGCCGCCAAGGUUCUCUUUUGUGCCUCUCUCCUAUCUGUUGCCUUAGCCCAGAGCUCGGCUGCCCAGUAUGAUGCCGUUUGUCCUGGCAAAGUCGCGGAGGAGGAGAUCAGCCCGGGUCUCACGGUGCGAUACACCUGUGACACUCUCGGAGACUACGAUCUCUCGAGUCGGGUAAAAGGAUCUACGAUAAAACAAUGCGCGGAACUAUGCAAGGCAGCUGCGCAAUGCACUGGAAGCACCUGGGAUAGAGACUCGUCCUACUGUUAUCUCAGUGGAUCCUCAAAAGGCAAAGCCCGAACUGGUUCCAUUUUUAUGGAGGAAGUUGAGGAAGAAGAUCCUUUCCCUGUUGAGGAUGAGGAUGAGGAUCCUUUCCCGGAGGAAACAUGCGAGGAGGCCAAAGAACGCCUAGAGGCUGAGGUGGCGCAGCUCGAGUAG